GUUUUCGGCUCCGCGAUGCUCCGGGCGCGGCUCCUCCGGGCGCUGCUGGCGGCGCUGGCCGUGCAGGCGGCGGCGGGAGGCAAGUACUCGCGGGAAGCCAACGAGGAGAAGGCGGCGGCGGACAAGGCGGCGCCCCCCGCGGAAUUCCGCCUGGUCAAGCUGAGCCAGGUGUGGGCGAAGGCGCAGCGGCUCCACCUCUCUGCUGUUAAAUUGGCAGAGCUGCACAGCGAUCUCAAAAUUCAGGAGAAGGAUGAGCUGAGCUGGAAGAAACUGAAGGCCGAAGGGCUGGAUGAAGAUGGAGAAAAGGAAGCCAAGCUCAGGCGCAAUCUAAAUGUGAUUCUGGCCAAGUAUGGAAUGGAUGGGAAGAAAGACGCGCAGCUGGGAGACACAAACCACAUCAAAGACGGCCUGGAGAACGAUGUGCUUGACGAUCCCCGGCUGGAGAAGCUCUGGAACAAGGCCAAAACUUCAGGGAAGUUCACUGACGAAGAGCUGGACAAGCUGUGGAGGGAGUUCAGGCACCACAAAGAGAAAGUCCAUGACUACAACCUGCUGCUGGAGGCCGUCAGUCGGACGGAAGACGUCCACAAGAACAUGAUUGCCGACCUGGAAGAGGAGGAGGAGGUUCCCCGCAAGCACGACCUGCUGCACCAGAAGCACUCUGAGCUCAAGGAGAAGCUGCACAGCAUCAACCAGGGCUUUGAGCGGCUGCGCAGGGUCACCCACCAGGGCUAUGACGACUCCAGCGAAUUUGAGGAGCCCCGAGUGAUUGACUUGUGGGAUCUGGCUAAAUCCACCAAUUUCACAGAGAAAGAGCUUGAAUCGCUUCGGGAAGAGCUCAAACACUUUGAAGCGAAGGUCGAGAAGCACCACCAUUACCAGAAGCAGCUGGAGAUUUCGCACCAGAAGAUGAGGCACAUUGAAGGGAUGGGAGACGAGGAGCAUCUCAGCCGCAACAAGGAGAAGACCGCCAUGCUGGAGGAGAAGACCAAGGAGCUGGGCUACAAGGUCAAGAAACACCUGCAGGACUUGUCCACCAGAAUUUCCAGAGGCCUUCAGCACAAUGAACUUUGAAACUUCCUUGUUCUCGUAGGAUCUCUGUACAUUGAUCAAAAUCAGUAUAUCCCAAGGUUUAUAUAAUUACUUAAAAUUC